AUGUCCCUGGAAGCCUCAGAGCAAUCUCUUGCGUCGAGCGGCACAGACACUUCUUUGGCCGAUUCCGUCCAUCGUCUUAGACGACGCGCCAAAGCUCAAGCAACGCCUCAGAACAUCUUGUUGUUUCUCGUCGCGUUUCGCAUAUUGAAUGCGCUUACUGUGCGCACUUUCUUCCAACCCGAUGAGUUCUUUCAAGCUUUAGAGCCGGCAUGGCAGGUUGUGUUCGGUAAGGAUAGCGGUGCUUGGAUCACAUGGGAAUGGAGACAUGAACUACGAUCUUCUAUCCAUCCCCUAUUCUUCGCCGCCGUUUAUUACAUUGCUGGCUCCUUUGCAUGGAUUGCGCGACUGUCCCCCCUGAACGCAGCCGAAUUGCUCAUUGUAGCUCCCAAAAUUGCACAAGCCAUCAUAGCCGCGACCGGUGACUAUUACACAUGGGAACUGUCCAACAAGAUUUAUGGAACUGAGAGCUAUGGAGGAUGGGCCACACUAGCAUUGACUGCCCUGAGCCCCUGGCAAUGGUUCUGCUCAACAAGAACAUUUUCGAAUUCCGCCGAAACUACAUUGACCAUUGUCGCAUUAUACUUCUGGCCGUGGGAAUGGUUUCUCGAUAACCAGGAGAUGGACGCGGAAGAGGAAGAAGAAAGGGAAGAAGAAGAUGAACCGGAUGAGCCUUUUGAAAGCGCGAGUCGACAAUCAAGUCUCCGCAAAUGUCUCUUACUUGCAGCACUGGCGUGCGUUCUGCGCCCCACGAACAUUAUCAUCUGGGCAUGUAUGGCCGGAUUUGCCGUGUAUCAACGCCCAUGGUUGACCGUUUUUAUACUCGCGAGAGAGUCGAUUUUCUGCGGUUCCGCUGUACUUGGUCUUUCGGUUCUGAUCGACCGUCUCUUUUACGGCGUCUGGGCUUUCCCCAUCUUCCAAUUCCUCUACAUCAACGUGGCUCAGUCAAUCGCCAUCUUCUACGGCCAUAAUGACUGGCACUACUAUCUCUCACAGGGAUAUCCACUACUUCUGACCACAGCCCUUCCCUUCACUCUUAUUGGGCUGUAUAAGUCCCUGCGUCCUGGCGACUCAGCGAUGAUUAGCCCCGGAGGGCCGAUCAAAUUUCAGCUAGCUACAGUGUCUCUUGUCAUGCCGGCGAUGCUCUCAAUCAUUACGCACAAGGAAGUCAGGUUUAUUUAUCCUUUGCUGCCUGUUUUACAUAUUUUGACCGCCGAUCCCCUUGUGUCUUUUUUCCUUCCAGCUAUUUCUUCUUCAAACAACGCUCAAAUGCCGCGCAGAUUGACAUUACUAUUCCUUGUUCUUGUGAACAUUUUUAUCGCAUACUAUACCACUUUGGUACAUGCACCCGGCGCGAUAGACGUACUCUCUUACCUACGGACACGACACGAUGCCCAUCAGGAGGGUUACGGCCACCUACUCGCUCCACGACCAUUGUUUGGAGAAUCGGACAAACCGGUACAAGUUCUUCCACCCAAGAAUAUGACUGUUGGCUUCCUUAUGCCCUGUCAUAGUACACCUUGGCGGUCACACUUGGUCUUUCCCUCUAUAGAGGCAUGGGCUUUGUCCUGUGAACCUCCCCUCGGGCUGAACGAAACACAAAAGAAGGUAUACUUGGAUGAAGCGGACCAGUUCUACGCAAAUCCCACCGAAUUUCUACAACAUCACAUGGUUGGCGGUCUCUGGCACGUCCCUCGUCGACCAUCAUACAUGUCAACCUUGCCCCACCGAUCACCGCCAACGGCUUAUCGGUCUCAUCAACGAGCGCAUCCAUUGAAUGAGCCUCUGUAUCAUGAGUGGCCGGACUACCUGGUUUUCUUUGCUCAGCUCGAACCAACAAUUCGGACCUCGCUGCGCAGCAGCUCAUAUGGCGAGUGCUGGCGAACGUGGAAUACGGCAUGGCAUGACGACUCACGGCGAAAGGGGGAUAUCGUCGUCUGGUGUCUAGAUCCCAACGAGCAGCAGGAAUGGCGCAAACUCCAACACAAGCAGCAGUCGGACCGUCGCGAAAAGCAACUCGACCGUGUAAUCUCGCGAUUUGAGAAGCAAAAACAGUCAAAAACGAGUAAAUAUAAUCCAUUCAACUUCUUCCGGCGACAAACAACCACUGCCACGACGACUUAUAAUACUCCUGGCUCAUGGUUCUCUUCUCUACCAUGGCCAUUUACGUCUACAACAUCAUCACCAUUCCCAUUCUCGACCCAAAGGUCCUCACUUCUUCCUCCGUGGCUCAAGAAUCCUUUGACAACUCAACGAAAACCUCAAUAUAUACCCAACUUUAUACGGAAUUAUCUACCAGCGAAAAGGCGUUGGUACGAUCCAAGAUCAUGGUUUUCGUCUUCAUCGUCGUCAUGGACAUCGUGGUGGCCGUGGAAUCAUAAGGGUAAACUGAGAAGGAGCUAUGUUGCUGUUAAUCCUAAUCAUGAGCGCGGUUUAUGGGAGUAA